UUCAAAGAAAACAAAUACAACAUACAAGAAUAGUACACUUUGCUCAGUUGCUGCCGCACACGACUGUGGUUCUUUCUCUUCAGAAACUCUGUUUGGUCUAAGGAAACUCUGAAAGGAUGGGUCGUGUACGCACCAAGACAGUGAAGAAGUCAUCUCGACAGGUAAUUGAGAAGUACUACUACAAAAUGACUUUGGAUUUCCACACAAACAAGAAGAUCCUGGAGGAAGUUGCCAUCAAAACUGAUCUCAUUGAAUUUGACAAGGAGACCCUUGACAUGCUUUCAGCCCUCGGCAUGUCUGAUCUUCCUGGUGUUGUCAAGCAAGCUGCUGAGCCACAGGCAGUAGCAGCUCUUCCAACGUAUGGUCGCGGUGCAGGAGGUUUUGGGAGGAAAUACUACUGAGAAUCAGGAGAACUGAGAAUAUAUACCACUAACU